AUGUCGGUCGCUCCAGUGCUGUCUCCCGAAUCCCAGCCUCUACCAAAUGUGUGGGAAGAUCCGCGCCUGGGCAAGGGCACUCUUGCUACUCUUUUGGAGCAGCAGCCGGCACUUCGACAGCGGAUGCAUGACCAAGAGAACCCGCAUGUCACACGCUGGCUUACCAAAGAUGCCACUGGUGUUGCAUCAGUCCGUGCGAUGGCCUUGAACCCUACCCUGUUGGAGCUGGUGGCAGAGGAAUGUUCGACCAGUGUCUCUAGCGAUGACUGCCCUACACACAUGCAAACAAACUACAAGUUGCACUCGUACCUGACUCGAUUUGUGUUGGUUGUCCUUCCCAACCGCUUGAGCAAAGACAAGAACUUGCUCAACCUGAUCUUCAUUCGACUCACCGAAGACUUCAAAGAGUUGUUUGAGAAGGGUGUUGCCACACAGUCUGGGCGGUGGUUCGGGGCCCUGUUGGGGUUCAAGGGGGACCUCAAAUGGUAUGAGAAGAUUGCUUCACUGGAUCGAUGCUUCAAUCGGCAAUUGAAGUUGGACGCUCACAUGUGUCAUGAGUGUUUAGCCGGCGUUCCCACGCUGCCUUUCGAGACGAUCUCUCACCAUCCAGCCUGGGAGGAAACAAUCUAUUCGCAGAGACCCUGGUCCUUUCCUCCACCUUGGGAAAGCAUUCCUUUCAAUGUGGACAACCAGAACCCCAAACCUGAGAUGAUUCUCAGACGCGAUGUAUUCCACAAUUUCAAGCUUGGUGUUCUGCGUGAUUUCACUGCUUCAGCCAUCCUCCUCCUGUGCCACUUGAAGUAUUUUCAUGAAACGAAGACGCGUGGGUCUGGAAUCAGCAACAAAAUUGAUGUUCUGCUAGAGCGAGCCUAUCACCACUUCAGGCUUUACUGCGAUACAUCGAAGAGGUAUCCAGCACUACAUAGUUUUUUCACCCCAAUUUUCUUCAACCGUACCAAGUCUACAGACUACCCCUGGAUGAACGCAAAGGGCUCUGACAUAGUUCUGGUAGUGGCCUGGCUUCGGGUCUUUGUGGCAGGCCUACUUCUCAAUCCACUUGCUGAAGAUCACAAACAUGUUUUGGCGGCCAUUCAAGAGGGUGCUGCCGCAGUGGAGAAAUUUCACGGAAUUUUGUACACACACGGCAUUUUCUUGCACAAGGAGUGUGGGGCACGUCUUCACCAAGAGCUUCACACCGCGCUGAACUGCUACAACAAGUUGGCAUUCCAUUCGUUGUACGGGUACUCUUUUUGUGGCUUCUCUAUGAAGUCCAAGUUCCAUGGAAUGACCCUCUUCGAUGUGAAGCGCUUGAUUGGGCGACGCUUCAAGGACUCCACGGUGCAGAAGGACAUCAAGCUUUUGCCCUAUGCGAUUGUCGACAAAGCAAGCAAGCCGAUGAUUAGCGUGAAGGUGAAGGGCGAAGAGAAGGUCAUGGCGCCUGAGGAGGUCUCCUCGAUGGUUUUGACCAAGAUGAAGGAGACGGCGGAAAACUAUCUGGGAAAGGAGGUGAAGCAUGCCGUGGUCACGGUACCAGCCUACUUCAACGAUGCCCAGCGGCAGUCCACCAAGGAUGCGGGCACCAUCUCCGGAAUGAAUGUGUUGAGAAUCAUCAACGAGCCGACGGCCGCUGCGAUCGCUUAUGGCUUGGACAAGAAGACUGAGAAGAACAUCUUGGUCUAUGAUCUGGGUGGUGGUACCUUCGAUGUCUCACUGCUCACCAUCGAUAACGGUGUCUUCGAGGUGGUGGCCACCAACGGCGACACUCACCUCGGCGGCGAAGACUUCGACCAACGUGUGAUGCAGCACUUCAUGAAGAUCUUCCAGAAGAAGCACGGCAAGGACAUGAGCAAGGACAAACGUUCCAUCCAGAAGCUCCGCCGAGAGGUGGAGAAGACCAAGCGUGCUUUGAGCUCCACCCACCAGGCUCGACUGGAGAUCGAAGCCUUGUACGACGGCACAGACUUCUCCGAGACCUUGACCCGCGCACGCUUCGAGGAGCUGAAUGCGGACCUCUUCAAGAACACCUUGGGUCCGGUGAAGCAGGUCUUGGAGGAUUCGGGGCUCAAGAAGAACCAGGUGGAUGAGAUCGUCUUGGUGGGCGGCUCCACAAGAAUCCCCAAAGUACAGCAACUCAUCAAGGACUUCUUCAAUGGUAAGGAACCCAACCGCGGCAUCAACCCCGACGAGGCCGUGGCCUAUGGCGCUGCAGUGCAGGCAGGCAUCUUGAGCGGCGAGGGUGGACAGGACCUGCUCCUGCUAGAUGUGACUCCCCUGACCUUGGGCAUUGAGACGGUGGGCGGCGUCAUGACGAAGCUGAUCUCGCGCAACACGGUCAUCCCAACGAAGAAGUCCCAGAUUUUCUCCACCUACCAGGACAACCAGCCGGCGGUGAACAUCCAGGUCUAUGAAGGGGAGCGACCCAUGACCAAGGACAAUCACCUGCUUGGCAAGUUCGAGCUCGGUGGGAUUCCGCCCGCGCCACGUGGGCAGCCGCAGAUCGAAGUGACCUUCGAGAUCGACAGCAACGGCAUCCUCAACGUCGGUGCAGAGGACAAAGGCACCGGAAAGAGCGAAAAGAUCACCAUCACCAACGACAAGGGCCGAUUGACUGAGGAGCAGAUCGAGAAGAUGAUCCGCGAAGCUGAGGAGUUUGCGGAUGAGGACAAGAAGGUCAAGGAACGCGUCGACGCGAAGAACGCCUUCGACGGCUACAUCCACUCGAUGCGCUCGGCCACGGAGGGCUCCGGCGAUAACAAGGGCCUCAGUGAGAAGAUGGACUCGGAUGAGAAGGAGAAGAUCCUGGACGCUCUGAAAGACGGCCAGUCCUGGUUGGACUCCAACCCUGAGGCCGAUGCUGAGGAGAUCAAGGAGAAGCACAAGGAGAUUGAAGGAAUCUGCGCGCCCAUCGUGUCCAAGUAUUAUGGCGGCGGCGGUGCGGGUGCUGGAGCCAGCGACGAGGACGAGGAGGAAGCGCAUGAUGAGCUUUGA